UGUCACUCAUGGCAGCACUUGUUUGAACAUAUUUCAAAGCCUUCAUUAGCCCAAACUCAUACAUCCUACUCCCCAAGUUGUACUCUGUUCCAAAUUGUCGAAUAUCGACAUAUCAAAGAUUGUUUUAAAUUUGUAAAAUAAGUACAGAGUCAACAUGAAUUAUCUAAUUCAGCGCGGUAAGAUGCGCCAGCAGGCAAUCAGUGUUCCGGAAGGUCUUCCGGAACUCUUGUCAGAUAUAACACGCGAAGUGUUGCGUUGCCAACCGACCAAGGAGUGCCUCUGUCAGUUCAUCAUCGAUUAUCUUCACUCGGUGAUCGUGACCAGGGAGAAGGCCUUGGUGGCCAAGUCCAUUUUGGAAAGAUCUCUGCGGCAAGUGGACACCAUCAUCUCGGACUUGUGCAUCUGUGAUUUGUCCAGGGAGAAGUCCGAGCUGAUGAGCCAGGUGCUUGAGGAGUGCUUCAUCAAUUUCCUCGAAAAGCGCCGCUGCGAUAUGCGUCGGGGCAAGGAAAUGGUGAACUUCGAAGAUGUCGACAUGCUGGAGGAGCUGUUGGCCAAGUGCAAGUUCACCGAAGAGGAGCUCAAUAUGUCGCGUCCGGCCAUUGACACUGCCUACAAGCGUUUUGUGGAAGCCUACAUGUCCGCACAGCGCGGCACAGAUGGCACCGAGGUGCUCUACCAGUACUUCCGCGACCGGGAGCUGAAGCGCCUCGAGAUGGCUCAACGCAACCAGGCGGCGAUCACCAUUCAGGCGGCUUGGCGAGGAUAUUGGGUUCGCGCCCAGUUCCCCAAGGAUAUCUGUGUGUGCACCUGUGCCACGGAGAAGGAAGACGACGAAGAGGAGAGGCGCAGAAAUGAAGCUGCUCUUGUGCUUCAGCGCUUCUUCCGCAGCGUUAUGCUGCGUGCCAGCAGCAAACCGGUGAAAGAUCCAUGUGCAGAAAGUACACGUUCACUCGAUAAAACCGCAUCCUCGACUACUGUGGCAACGAAUGCAGAAAUGUCGGCAAUGGGCACACAAGCAACAACUGCAGCGACAACUGCAGCGGAAACUGCAGCGGGAACUGCUGCGGGAACAGCUGCGGGAACAGCGACGGCAACUGCCGCACCCACCGCUCAACCUUCAGCAGCUGGCUUGCAAACAACAGCGUCUGCUCUUCCAGAGGAAGUUCAAGCAGAGCCUCCGCCAGAGGAAGUACCAGCAGCACCGGCGUCAGAAGCACCACCGGCAGAAGCAGCAGAGGCACCACCCCCAGAAGAGGCUGCGCCGCCGGCCGAGGAGGCACCACCUGCUGCCCCCGAAGCAGCACCACCUGCUCCGGCCGAGGAGGCAGCACCUCCACCACCCGCCGAAGAGGCACCUCCAGCAGCCGUCGAAGAGGCAGCUCCACCACCGGCCGAAGAGGCCCCACCGGCGGAGGAGGCACCACCGCCAGCCGAAGAGGCGCCCGCCCCCGCCGAAGAGGCAGCCGAGUAAUGUGGACAGCACGGAUUUAUUUGUUUCAAUUAUGUGUUAAAUUUAUGUUUCCUGCAAGUGAAUAAAUCGGAUCUAGGAUUCCAA